GUUGUGGAUUUUUUUUUUUAGUUUUUAGUGUUAGAGCAAAGAAUCAAAAUAAAACAUAUGAAAUGUGUCGCAAUUUUUAAAUGAAUGUUUCUUACAAAAUAAUAUUAAUGUACCCAUUGUGUGUUAUUGCAAAUUUUUGCAAACGGAGCCGUGCGCCAGGCGCACUUCGAAUUUCAAGCACCGUUUAGUCUAAGUGAACUAAGCAACAAAAAUAAGUAAUUUGUAUUCAUAUAAACAUUUUAUGCUCAGAGCUGGUCGGGCAGAAGAAAAGCAACAAGGAUAGACAAACGCAAUAAAGAAAUACGGUUACUUCUAUACAGUGGCGGCAAGUUCCAAUAAGAACAGAGUAACCGAAAAAACAACAAAAAUAAUCAAAUAAAAAUUAGCGUAAAGAAACUGAAUAAGUAAUAAACGGGCACAAAUUAAAUGAAACAAGCUCAAAAGUCGUACGUAAACAUAAUAUAAAAAUCAAAAAAAUACAUAAAAAAUAAAAAACAAAAAACAAAAAAAAAUUAAAAUAUAUUAAAAAUUAACAUAAAAAGUUUUAAAAAAAAAAAAAAUAAUAAAUAUAGUUUUACUUUAAACGUAAGCGACACCUGCUUUGAGCCAUUUUUUAUACACAAACUCAAAGCGCGGCCCAACAAAUAAUUAUACUCCGAAUGCUUCCUAUGUACACGAGCCGAGCUGAAAUGAAAAUCUUUGCCACAAAUGUUGCUGUUGCCAGCGCAGCGGAGACGGCGGCUGCUGCUGCGGCUGCUGCAACAACGACAACAACAACAACGCAACAGCAACAACAACAACAACGCGAAUAUCGCUGUGGCGCUCAGGUCAAGUUCAACAAAUACAACAACAAGGCCAACAACGUGGUGCGGCAACCCAAAUACAGCAGCAGCAGCAGCAGCAGCAGCAGCAACAACAGCAACAGCAGCAACGCGGACAAUAAACAUGCCAAGCGCCAGCAGCAGCAGCAACAACAGCCACAACAACAACAACAACAGGUGCACUACAACAACAAUAUGCACAACUUUACGCGCAAGAAAUAUUUUGGCAGCAACAGCUACAACUGCAACCAGCAGCAGCAGCAGCAGCAGCAACAACAAGCGACAGCAGCAGCAACAAAGCUGUCAAACAACAACAACAACAACGUGAUGAAAAAUCAAAAUAUUAUUGAAGAAAUAAGCUGCAAGCACAGCAACGACAGCAACAACAACAGCAGCAACAGCAGCAGCAGCAACGAUAGCAACAACAACAACAACAACGCCGUCACAAAGCAGCAACAAAAAUCGAACAGCAACAACAACAACAACACUAAGAAACGCAACUCGCUGUCAUCUUCGGCGGAAUCGAGCAGCUCGUCGGCGUUUUAUCACAGCUGCUCCGAGUCAUCAACAACGCCGACAGCCAACAAUAGCAACAGCAACAACAACAGCAACAACAACAGCAACAACAGCAGCAACAAUGAUGACCGCCAACAACAACAACAACAGCAACAACAACAGAGCACAUCAACAACAUUGGCAACUGCAACAGCAGCAGCAACAAAGCAACAAGCAACAGCAACCGCAUUGGCACAACAACAACAACAACAGCAACAACAAACGGACAACAGCAACAAGACGCAGAGGUCUAGACAACAACCGUUGUCCUUCUGGAAGACGAGCUAUCCACAGCAGCCCACAAUGCAGCAGAAGGAACAGCAGUUGGAGGCGGCGCUGGCCACGCAAAAGGAAACGGAGCUGGCUCUGGCAGCAGCAGCAGCAGCAGCAGCAGCUGCACCAACAGCAUCGGGAGCCGGAGGAGCAACAGGGGAUCAGCAGCCGCAUUAUUAUCAAUAUUAUUAUUCACAGCCGAAGCAGCUGACAAUUGCCUCGUUUCUGCAAAAGGAGCUGCUGCCCGAUGCGGACAAGGCCAACCAGCAGCAGCAGCAGCAGCAGCAACAGCAACAACAGCAGCAACAGCAACACAAGCAACAGCAGCAAUCGGGCGCUUAUCAGCAGCGUUAUCGCAGCGGCAACUACAGCUACAAUCACAACAACAACAACAACAACUAUCAACAACAGCCGCAGGCGCAAGCACACCAUGCCCAGCAGCAACAUCACAACAAUCACAUGCACAACACGCACUUUCGCCGCAACAAGAAGCUGCACUACAGCAACAGCAACGGCAACAACAGCAGCAGCUGCACGCCAGCAACAGCUGCACAAAACUCAAUUGAAAUUGUGUCCGCCAGCAAUUAUAAUGGCGCACAUCGGCGCAUGCAAAAUGUUGCUGUCGCUGGCGGGGCUGCUGCUGCUGCUGCUCAAAUCAAUCAUGUUGCCGGCAAGAGCAACUACUAUCAGCUGCAUCAGCAACAUCAGCAACACCAGCAGCAGCAACAGCAGCAGCAUCAUUAUCAUACGCUAAUGUCUGGCAGUGGCACGCCCACAAGCGCCGAGCAUCAGAAUUUCUAUAAUCUGACCUAUGUGAAUGUGGACGUUGAUGUGCAGCCGCCCACGCAGCAGCCGGCCGCAACAGCAGCAAAAAAAGCAGCAGCAGCAACAUCUGCAACAGCAACUGUUGCUGGCAUGCAAAUGGCAGCUGCAGCAGCAACAGCUGAAACGGCAACAGCAACUGUUGCAGCUGCAACCAAUCGCAACAUGUUUCUGCAACCGCCGCCGCCGCCAGCUCUGCAAUUGGCCAUGCUGGCGCCAGGCAUAUUAUCGCCAGCGGCACUGACGCCGGACGCGGCUGCGACCACGCCCACAAAUAUGAUAAGCUGCGCGCAAUUGGACGAGGCAAUAACAGCGGCAGCAGCCAGCAGCACGGCCAACAGCAGCAGCAGCAACAAGAACGUGGAGCUCUCCGGCCUGAUGGCUGUGCCCAGUCCCAGCUUCGCAGCGCUGCCUUUUAUGCUGCACCAACAGCAACAACAACAGCAACAACAACAACAACAACAGCAGCAGCAGCAGCAGCAACAGCAACAGUUGUUCCCAAACAAAGCACAGCAGCAACAGCAGCAACUCUUCUUUAGCUUUGGCGAUGGCUAUAACAAUGCCGCCGCCGCCGCCGCCGCCGCCUGGUCACAUGCCAAUUCGCCUUGCUAUCCGGCGGCCGCCUUUGGUCCAAGUCCGAGCAGCAUUUCCAGCGGCUCCGCGCACAGUCGGAUCGCCUCGCAUCGCGCCGUCUCGCCCGCCUCGUCCACGUGCUCGCUGGCAAGCGAGUCGCAAUGGAGCAGUCGCAGUCGAUUGACGUCAUCGGAGCUGUUGUCCGUGUCACCGACGCCGCCAGCCACGGGCACGGGCAACGUCUCGGGCAACGGCCCCGCUGCCAUGGCAGCGCCCAGUCAACAGUUGUCGCCGCAUCUAGGAGGAUCGCCGCAUGUGGCCGGCAUGGGAAAUGGCUUGCAUGCAUUGUUACCGUUUGGUAUACCGCCGCCGGCAACAGCAGCGCCGCCGCCGCUGGCGGCGGCCACACACAAUCUGCCCGUGGGGGGCGGGGCAUAUCCGCAUUAUUGUGGGCCCAAUUGCGGCUGCGGUGGCAGCGCAUCUUGGCCGGCAUCCUGGUAUGAGCUAAUCUUGCCGCCGGAUCGCUAUCUGGACCAUGCGCGCAAUGUGGAGCUAACGAUGCAGCCGGAGCAGCUGAUCUGCCAUUGCAAAUAUGACAAUCUAUCGCUGGACAUAUGGAAACGGUUUCGUGCCGCACAGCAGACGCACGCCAAGUUCAAGCUGAAGAUGCGUCUGUGGCGCUAUCUGUUCAUCGGUAUAAACCAGCUGAUGUUCUCGCGCUAUCGCAUCUGUUUGGUUGGCUCGACCAUUACCGGCUUCGGCACGGACUCCUCGGACAUCGAUAUGUGCCUGUUGCCGGAGCAACAAACGGAGCAGCAACAGCAGCAACAGCAGCAGCAGCAGCAGCAUCAUUAUCACAGCGAGCUGCGCGCCGAGGCGCUCAUGAUACUGAAUCUGUUCAAUGCGGUCCUCAAGGAAAUGGAAGCUUUUCAGGAUUUCAAUUUAAUUGAGGCACGUGUCCCGAUCCUGCGUUUCAAGGAUCGCAUCAACGGCAUCGAAGUCGAUCUCAACUAUAACAAUUGUGUGGGCAUCAAAAACACAUAUUUGCUGCAAUUGUACGCGCAGUUGGACUGGCGCACCCGGCCGCUUGUGGUUAUUGUCAAGCUGUGGGCGCAAUAUCACGACAUCAACGAUGCCAAACGGAUGACCGUGUCGAGCUACUCGCUGGUGCUGAUGGUGCUCCAUUAUUUGCAGCAUGGCUGUGUGCCGCAUGUGCUGCCCUGCCUGCAGGCACUGUACCCAGAGAAGUUCAAUUUGGGGCAGCAGGAAUGCCUCGAUCUCGAUCUAAUAGAGCCCAUCGAGCCAUAUCAGACGCACAACACACAGACCCUGGGCGAGCAUCUGUUGGGCUUCUUCAAGUACUACAGCAAUUUUGACUAUCGGAACAAUGCGAUAUCCAUACGCACCGGCGGCAUUUUGCCCGUCGCCGCCUGCCGUCUGGCCAAGAGCCCCAAAAACGAUAUACACCAAUGGAAGGAGCUGAAUAUUGAGGAGCCCUUCGAUCUGUCCAAUACGGCGCGCUCUGUCUAUGACUAUGCGACCUUUGAGCGGGUCAAGGCGAUAUUUGUGUCGACGGCGCGUCGACUGGAGCACACAUUGGACUUGGCCUCCAUAUUUACGCCCAUUCAUUACACCCAACGCCCAACGGCCAUGCACCAGCAUCAGCCCCUCUUGCAUCUCCAUUCGCAUCCCGCCCACAACAAUCAUCCAUCAGCACAUCAGCCGCAUCAGCAUCAGCAUCAGCAUCUGGUGCACGCCCGCAACUCCGCCACAACGGCUCCAUCGAAACUGGUCACGGCAGGCACCUAUGCGGCGCCGCCUGCCUCGCAUCUGGUUUAGGCAUUAAGAAGCCACAUCCAAAGUGUGCGGCGUCUCUGGAUGAUUUGUCUGCUUGUCAUUAAGCCAGGCAUUUCAUUAAACCCACAGCCCGCACUCGCAAGUGCAAACAUAUUUGAAAUGUGCGCUUCAACAAAAUAAAACAACGCACGAAAAAAAUAAAAGAAAAAAAAAAACACAGAAAAUUAAAUAAUAAUGAAAAUCUAUAUAAAUAUAUACAAAAACAAUUAUUGUAAAACCUUUUGGCUACAAGUUUUCCAGUGCAUUUUGUAAAUUCAAAUUCAAUCACAUUGAGUUUGGAUACCCUUUAAUUUCAACUACAUACACAUUAAUAUAUAUAUAUAUAAUUCUUGUCCAAUGUUCUCUAUUUAAAUUAUAUCAAAUCGUAGCCCCUUCGUCAAUGUAAUUGUUAAGUUUCUUCUUUCUUUUUUUUUUGAUCGCUUCACGUCACAAUUAUUGUAAGCAUGCCAAAAAGUGAAAUUAUUUUUCCACAUUUAUUUUCCAUGCAUUUUCUUUUGGCAUGCAUUUUGCUUCAGCUUUUAAGACAGUUAGAAAAUGUGUAACAAGAAUGUUAAUAAUAAUACAAGUCGAAUCCUGAAAUGUGAAAUAUGUUAAGCGAAAGAGCUGCAGAGAUGGAAACCCAACCAUAUACCGAGUACACCCAUCCAAUGUCGUAUAAUAUUAAUCCAUGCAAAAACAAAACUCAAAACAAAAAAAAAGUAAAGAAAAUGCAACUUUCGUUUAUAGUUUUUCAUCUGUUUUGCAAAAUUAAAUGAAAUUCUUUAUUCAGAACA